GUUUACAAGAACAGGAAGUAGAUUGGGUGUUGAACCAGCACAUGUGUUGUGCUGUUUUUGUUGCAUGAAGCCGGAUGAGAACCUGAAUAAAAGCUGUUUUUUUUCUGGCUACCAAUCAUGGCUGAGACAGCAAAGCUGUGCUUUCGCAAUAAAACAGCACUUGCACCGAUGGUUCGCGUUGGGACAUUACCCAUGAGACUGCUUGCACUGGACUACGGUGCUGAUAUUGUGUAUUGCGAGGAGCUAAUAGAUAUAAAAAUGGCUCAGUGCAAGCGAGUAGUUAAUGAGGUGUUGGACACUGUGGAUUUUGUUGCUCCAGAUGACCGAGUCAUGUUUAGGACAUGCAGCCGUGAAAAGGACAGGGUUGUCUUUCAGAUGGGAACAGCAGAUCCACAGAGAGCUUUGAUCGUUGCCCAACUUGUGCAAAAUGAUGUUGCUGCCAUUGAUGUCAAUAUGGGCUGUCCUAAAGAGUACUCUACUAAGGGCGGUAUGGGAGCUGCCCUUCUCUCUGACCCGGACAAAAUAGAGGCCAUUUUGACCACACUUGUAAAUGGCCUAUCGAAGCCUGUGACAUGCAAAAUCAGAGUUCUUCCAUCUCUGGAAGACACUGUAAAAUUGGUGAAAAGAAUAGAAAAAACUGGAGUGUCUGCCUUAGCUGUGCAUGGCAGAUUCAAAGAGGAGAGACCUCAGCAUCCUGUUCACUGCGACUACAUCCAGGCAGUGACUAAGGUGGUGUCAAUACCCGUUAUCGCUAAUGGUGGCUCUCUUGAUUUGGUGAAGACCCAUUCAGACAUCACAAAGUUCCGGGAGGCCACCGGGGCAUGCUCAGUGAUGCUCGCCCGUGCUGCUAUGUGGAACCCCUCCAUCUUUUGCAGCAAGGGGACAGUAUCUGUUGAUGAAGUCAUGGAGGAAUACAUUAAAUAUGCAGUUCGUUAUGACAAUAAUGCUUUCAACACCAAGUACUGCCUGUGCCAGAUGCUGAGAGACAGAGUAGAGUCACCCAUGGGCAAACAGCUUCAUGCUGCGCAAACCACUAAGGAGAUCUGUGCGGUGUAUAGUAUGAUGGAAUACUAUGACAAAAUUGAGUCAGAGCUGCAACAGCGAAGAGAAGAGAAAAACAAUACCAUCGAAAGCCACCCUACAUUAGACGGAGACGUUAUCACCAUGCCUGUUCGGUUUGAGAAGAGAGAAUACCCCCCUCAGAUAACACCUAAGAUGUACCUACUGGAGUGGAGUCGCCGGGAGAAACUGGAGCAGCCAGUGUAUGAAGUGGUACAGCGCAGCCAGGACCGAGCUUUCCAGUCCACUGUGAUUGUGGCAGAGAAGAAGUAUAGAUCCACCCUGUGGGAGAAGUCUAAGAAGUCUGCAGAACAGGCGGCCGCUGUUGUGUGUCUGCGUGUUCUGGGCGUGCCCGAGGGACGUGUGGGAGAGGACAGCUGUGAACUGGUCAAUAAGCGAAAGAGGGAGGAGAACAAAAAUGGGGAGAUCCAGUCAGAGGACAGUCCAGUGCCAGAGUUAGAUGGCAGGAAACGGCACAUUACCCAGUCACCCGAGAAAGCAGAAGAGCCUGCAAAUAGAACUACCAAUAAGGCUGUCAUGAAUGCCUUACAUGUCAAUCAGACAGCUUCAUAGAGUCAACCUCAUCGUAGUCCCUCUCAGAGGAAUCACUCUCCUUAUUGAAUGUUUAAUAACAGGAUGCCUGCUGCUCAAAGACCAGUAAAGGAAGUCGAAAUCUUAUAUAUUAUUCUGUUCAAACUGAACCACAAAGUUAUACAGUAUAUUCUCAAUGUUCUACUAGGCCAAUAUGUCUUCUGUGGGGAUUCACAUUCUUUGUAUCUAUAGUGUCCUUCAACAUGCUUUUGUUACAAACUGUAUCUUUUAUUUUGAAAAGAUGUUUGGUUGUUUAAAGCAUGAUGGAAAAUAUUUUACUGUCUUCCGACCUUACAAGUAUCAUUUUUAUAUACAAUAUAAUUUGCCCUCUUCUAAGAACAGAAAUUAUGAAAAGUCUAGAGUUCAGAAAAGUGCCUGUGUCAACAUUCAGUUAUAUGAAACCAACCAUAGAGUUCCUUAGCCCAUUAUAAUGUGUGACUGCCUUGAUUGAACCUGCAGAGGGCAACAAAUGUGCUCUCACUUUUUAUUUUGAAAUGUCUUAAGAUUUAUUGGAAAUACCAAAGGUCUGUUUAAUCAAACUGUGGUUUGAUCGAAUAGUUGCCAAGGGUUUUUUUUCUUGUCAAUUUUAUUAAAACUUUUAUGAAAUUA